AAAGCAGUAACACUUCUCACUCUUUUUAAGCAUUUUCUUUUCCUCUUCUUUCAUUUUUCAACCGUAUUUCGUUGUGCUCUUCAUUUCAGCGGUUCCCAGUUCGAUCUUCUGCGUCACUGUAUUUGGAAGGGUUUGAACACAUGUUUGUGUUGACUAUGUCAAAAUAGUGGUGUGUGUUGUUGUGGUGGUGGUGGAAAAACAGUUAGUUAUGAUGCCUGAUGAGAUUUCUGCCAGUGCAUGUCAUGAUGGUGAGAGGGUUGAUGCUCAUGCAAUGCAUGGUUAUCUAUCACCAUGGAUGGCUCAUUGGAAGAAGCACACAAGUUACAACAAUACAGCAACAACUCCUGCUUGCAAUCGACUGAGUGUUGGUUGUGAGCUUAAAGAAAUGAAAGAAGACAGUGAUGCUGAACAGCGUGAUUUGGUUGGUGGCUCGGAGGUUGGAUCGGAUAGUUCUAUGCAUGCUGCGGAAGUUGGAGAUGCAGCUGGGGUUACAAGGGUUGCAUUUCUUGAUGAGGAGGAAACCGGAAAAUGGAAGAAAGGAACCUUUGAUUCCAAAUCAUUUCUUAUAUCCAGCCUUUCUCAGAAGUUAAAUGGAAGAUCAGCUUUUCAGAGAGAAGAGAAGAGUGUUUUCCGUGAGGAAGAUGGUAAAUCGGGUACAGAGUCUUGCUCUGGAGAUGACAAUGUUUAUCUCAAUAGGGAUGGGGGUUACUUGCCAAUAAUAUCUGCCCAAGCUGCUGCUUCUCCUAAAAUAGAAACUUCAGUAAAAGAGUGUCAAUUGUCAUCUCAAGGAGUGCCGGUGAAAUCUCCGUGUGCUGCUGAACAGAAAAGCCUAGGUCUUUCAACAUCAUUGCGGAACAACUUGGUGACAUCAGCUUCGGAGAUAGUGCCAACAAAUGGACGCGACAAAGGAAAAACUGUGAUGCCCCAAAUCACUGGUGGACCGCUCAAAGUAUAUCGAUCAAGCUACAAUUUAGCAUCCCAAGAGCAUUACCCAAGCACUAAAUAUCAGAGUUAUUCUUCUCUUUGUAUACGUGAUAAAAAGACGAGUAGCCUGUUAGACCCUCAAAGAUCUUCCCUUCCAAGAUUGAUGCAAGGCAGUUUUUCUCAUUUCCCGAAUGAUCCCAUAGCUGACAGUGAUGAUGAUGGAUUACACGUUGUUCAUAGUCAGCACCGCAAGAUUCAAAAUCUUAUUGCUAAUCCAGACAUUACAAACCAGACUGCACUCUUUGAGUCAACUAAACCACAAAAUUUUUACGGUGUAAGCUCUUUGGAAGCUCUAGUGCCACGUUCUGUUCAUAAUGUGAAGGCUGCGAAGAUAUACACCAGUAUAGAUUCUAUAGAAGAAUCAUCAAGAGGUCAUCCCAAAAUUUCGCAGACAACACAUUGUAGUCUGAUGUCAAAAAAUACCGAUGUUAAUUCAUCUGACAGAGGUCAGUUCUUUAGAGAGUUAGUGGCACCUACCAAAUUCAAAGGGAAUAAUUUCAAUAAGAUCCUUGAUUUAUCUCCGACUCCACCCAUGAGUGACCAUACUGUUGAAUGCCUGAAGCCGAAAACUCUAGGGAGAUCCAGAAAGAGUGAAUGGAAGGAAAAUAUCCAAGAUUUCAAAUGUCCAACAAGCCUGAUGAAUGAAUCAUCUUCUGAACCUGACACUAUGGACAUUGAUACUUUACAUGAGAGUAAUCUUCCAGGAGAAGUUCCAUCUCAAUCAAAUAAGUGCUCCAAGGAUAGUCAAAACUCGCCAGCAUCUCAAGGUGCACCAAUUUCGGCUAGAGGGAAAAACCUAGAGAAAUCAGUGAAUACAUCACUAUUAGAUAUAAACAAAGAGCCUCAUGAGCCUCCCACUCUGGCAAGUCCCAUGGUUGACAGGGAAACUAGCACAUCAAGAACCCAUAGCCUUGAUGUGGAACAACUCUUUUCUCAUGCAAAUGGGCAAGCAAGGUCAAAAUCUACCAGUAGUUCUUUGGGAUCAGAUCCAAGUAGCCGAUGGGUUAAACGACUCAAGUUAUGCACAUUGGAGCCUGCUCAUGGUACCAAGAGUGAAACAAUUGGGGAAACUUCAGUUGUAAAAUUAAAUCACAUUUUCAGCAAAAUUAUGAAAGACAGCAAAACUAAUUCGAAACCCAAAACGGUAAAUCAAGCUGAAGGACAGAGGGCACCUGAUCCACGUACAACAGUAUUAUCGAACGAUGAGUCCUCGUUUACUGAAGUGAAGGAAACUGUAGAAAUUACACUUUCACAUCCCUGGAUUCGGAGAUGGAGUCAUAAUCGUGCCACAUGUUCCAAAAAGAGGUGUGAAUUAUCAGAGCCUCGGGAACCAAAGUCUUCAAACACUGUGCCAGAUGAGCUUCAAAACAAGCAGUUUCCAAGCAUCGCUGCUAUGGCCCUGAUGGGAAAAGCAAUGAAUUGUUUGAAUGCCUCUGAGCUUACGAAAAAGGGACCCGUGGUAGUUUGGAACACGAAGAGACUUUGAAGUUUUUGGCCAUUGGUGAUAUAUGUAUUUAUGAUAAAGUUUAUGGUGGGGGGAUAAAUGUGUAAGGAACAUAUAUUAUAAAGUUCAUGGUGAAGUGAGUAAUGCUCGGGCCAUCACAAGAUCACAACCGUGAAGUUGUUUGUUGCUUAUCUUACUACCUUGUCUCCUCAACUUUAGAUUGAUCGAAACAAAAUAUGAGUAGAACAGGCAUCUAAAUAAAGACAUGUGUAUGGUAACGUGCAUGUUUUAUUUUUGCAUGUAACGUAUAUAUAUACUUGUGCUAUAACCUGUCUGCAGGAUGGAUGAAAUUUCCCAAGAGGGAUUGAAUCAUUGAACUUUGACUGGUACCACCCGAUUAUAUUAUAUUGCCAUGCUAUUGCUAAGCAUA